GGUCCCCGGAAGGGGGAGGAGCAUCGCUUGUCAUGAGCUGGUUCCCGGGGCGGGGGCGGAGGCGGAGGCGCUUUGAAAGCAGUCAUUGUGUGGCACUGGACGGGGAAUCAAGAGACCCGGUUUCUAAUUCCUGCUCUGUCACUAACAAGCUGCGUGAUCUUCGAAGCUUAAGUGAAAAUGAUACAUGUUAGAAGACAUGAAACAAGGAAAAAUUCCAAGAGUCACGUGCCUGAGCAGAAAUCUCGAGUUGAUUGGAGGCGAACUAAAAGAAGUAGUAUCUCACAAUUACUUGAUAGUGAUGAAGAGCUUGAUAGUGAAGAAUUUGAUAGUGAUGAAGAGCUUGAUAGUGAUGAAGAGCUUGAUAGUGAUGAAAGUGUUGAUAAUUACAAAAGUUUUGAAAAUGAUGAAGAGCUUGAUAGUAACAAGGGACUUGAUUGUAAUAAAACACCAGGAAGUGAAAGAGAGCUUAACUUAAGUAAAAUUGAAAGUGAAGGAAACGACAGUAAGUGUCUCAUUAACUCUGGCAACACAACAUAUGAAGAAGAAACGAACAAAAUCAAAUAUAGGAAUAUUGACUUACAAGAUCAGGAAAAACAUUUAAGUCAAGAGGAUAAUGAUCUCAACAAACAAACUGGACAAAUAAUAGAGGAUGAUCAGGAAAAACAUUUAAGUCAAGAGGAUAAUGAUCUCAACAAACAAACUGGACAAACAAUAGAGGAUGAUUUAGAAGAAGAAGACAUCAAGCGAGGAAAAAGAAAAAGGCUGUCCUCUGUGAUGUAUGACAGUGAUGAGAGUGAUGACAGCGAUAUCCUAGUUAGAAAAGUAGGUGUUAAACGUCCCCGUAGAGUGGUUGAAGAUGAAGGUUCUUCAGUGGAAAUGGAGCAAAAGACUCCUGAAAAAACAUUAGCUGCACGAAAGCGAGAACAACUUCAGAAGCUCAAAGAACUCUCAAAACAAAGAUCUCGUCAGAGACGCAAUAGUGGUAGAGAUUUUGAGGACUCUGAAAAGGAAUCUUGCCCAAGCAGUGAUGAAGAUAAUGAGGAGGAAGAAGAGGAUGAUUAUGAAUCUGAUGAAGAUGGAGAUGAUUAUAUUAUCGAUGACUUUGUAGUGCAAGAUGAGGAGGGUGAUGAAGAGAAUAAAAACCAACAAGAAGAAAAAUUGACUACAUCACAACUGAAAUUAGUAAAACAGAAUUCUCUUUAUUCUUUUAGUGACCACUAUACUCAUUUUGAAAGAGUUGUGAAGGCUCUUCUGAUCAAUGCUUUAGAUAAAUCUUUUCUGGGAACAUUAUAUGAUGGCACAAGGCAAAAAUCAUAUGCAAAAGAUAUGCUAACAUCUCUUCAUUAUUUGGAUAACCGCUUUGUUCAGCCUCGUCUAGAGAGCUUAGUAUCUAGAAGUCGUUGGAAAGAGCAAUAUAAGGAGCGAGUAGAAAAUUACUCUAAUGUAAGUAUUCAUUUGAAGAAUCCUGAAAACUGUUCCUGCCAGGCUUGUGGACUGCAUCGCUGCUGUAGAUAUUCAGUGCAUUUAUCAGGAGAGUUGUAUAACACCAGGACCAUGAAAAUAGAUAAUUUCAUGUCACAUGAUAAACAGGUGUUCACUGUUGGCAGAAUUUGUGCCAACCGUACCAGAAUUUAUCAUAAACUGAAACAUUUUAAAUUCAAACUGUACCAGGAAUGUUGCACCAUUGCAAAGACAGAAGAAGAUGAACAAGUUAAAGAAACAGUGGAAAGAAUUUUCAGGCAGUCAAAAGAAAAUGGCUGGAUUAAGAAGAACAGUUCUUGUGACCUGAGAGUGAAGAAGCACCUGGUGCCAGUCUGAGGAAAGGAUCUCGGCUGCCAGUUCUAAUACCACCCACAUCCUCUUCUUGAGGACAUGGGACUGAGCAGUGAGCACUGUAACUGAAGAUCGAGGGGAAUGCAGAGGUUUCAGGCCAUGGCACUGAUUUUGAUUCCCCCAUAUCCUAUUGAUCACUAAAUUUGAUAACAGGAGUAAAGUGGGGGUUUUGAAGAGUGCACUGGAUUCCCGAAGAUCUGCUGGCAGCUUAUAAGCUCUGGUCUGCUCACAGAGCUUUCAGAAUUGUUUAUGGUAUAUGGAGAGAAUGCUAAUAUGACUGCAGUCUUCUAAAACAAGUCUAGUUACAUGAACGUAUAAGAGAGAACAAAUAGUAGAUUUUCAGGCAACUCUUAUUAACAUUUAAUCUUUUAAAGAAAAGAAAAAAGCCUAACUUGAGAUCCAUUGCCUGGACUAUAUCAUAGGGAAAUUUGUAAAAGAGGAAUAUAAAAAAUAAGGCAAGAGAGCUUAGGCAGAGGGAAAGAAAAGAGAACAAAACAGAAACUUUUUUAGCACAUGUCUUGUUUAGUGGAGGUCUCCCAGUCUAGAUAAUGACAUCAUCAUUGGUUUCCCUUUGACAAUUAUUCUCCCACCACAAACCACCACCCAGUGAUCUUGCCUGCCUCCCACAUCUUGAUCUUUAAGUCGUCUUUCUCUCAUUUUAUUCUUUUCAGCUUUUUGUCUUUUACUUUGCUUCUACUUCUCCUACUCCAAAUGCUUCUCCCUGCUUAUCCGUACUUUUUCAUUUGCCUUAGGAGAGAGCAAUCACUCAUUCAAUAACUUCCCAUCUUCAUUUUCCUAGACAACAUUAAAUUCUUAAGUGCUUUUAUUGAUGCCUUUAAGUGUUGCCAACCCUCUAGUGGAAUUGCAAAACCUAUUGGGAUAGCACAGUUAUAAAGAAUUAGAUACUAGGUAUAGAAAAAUCACUGUGCAUAUACUGUGUACGUUAUAUAAUAGUAUCAUAUAUGGGGAAGAACUUUAAACUUCUUGAAGAAAAAAGCAUUUCCAAAUCAUGUAUCCUAGAAAAAGCUUAACAAGGUUUAGGACACCAGAAGGGACCUGGAAUUUUUAAAAACAUUAUUCUUUAUGCAUAAUAUAACACUUGGCUUUUUUAGGAAAAGAAAGGAGCUUAGGCUUUCUUUUCAAGAAAGCCAAGUGUCAUGUUAUACAUAAAGAAUAACAUUUAGCAUUAGGCAUUGAAGGUAUUUCAAGAUUGUGCAUGUCUAGGACAGUAUACACAUUUUUUUCCACAUGAAAAUACCAAAGACCUUCAUUUUUUUGAGAUUUCUCCACUUAAAAAAUUUGUUUCUAGGUUUUCUCAAAAGAUUUCCUAGAAACCACAGAAGUUUGUAGCCAAUAUAAACCCAUUUGCAGCUUUUUGUGCUGUGAUGAAAUUUCAAAGUUUGUCACGUGCUCUGACAUUUCCCAUCCUCACUCUGUCUAUCCCUCUCACUGUGUGCCUUUGAGUGAAAGCACUGCAUGUGCUUUAUGAUGUGUGCUGCCUUUAGCUACAGUCUGGUAGUCACAGUUACUCUAACCCUUUAGAAUGCCUGGGGCUCAGUGUUCCUUGAAUGCCAUCUCCAUGGCACUUUCCACUCAUAUUUCCCAAUCAUGUCAACGCCUUUUGUUGCCUUACACGUACUAUUUGUUCCUGUCUUUCUGCCUCCAGCUUGUAUUCCACACCUUACUUUUUCCCUUACCUGGUUCUUCAGCCAUUUUACUUUAAUUAUCUCAGGAUGUCUCAACAUGUCUUCCCAAAGACAUGCCAACUAGACUGACUUCAUUCUUCUUGUUGUUCUUCCUUCUAAAGGUUGAACUAGGGUGAUCUGUUUUUAAUGUAAUGAUACUAAAGGGGUGUAGGAGCAAUUUGAGUAUAAGAAAAGAAUAAAUAAUAGGAAAAUUAUAAUAAAACCAAAAUAUUUAAUAAACAUAAUAAUGCAUGUCUUAUUCUAAAGAAGAGUUCAAUAACAUACUCUAAUAUGACACUGGCAAAAUUCUAACGAAUAUUUGUUCAUUAAGAAGAAAGUGUAUAUGAUGAUGGGACUUCCUGGGAAGUUGAAGAUAGUAUUGUUGGAUUGGCUGGUGGAUGCAUAAACACCAGGUAGUAAAGAAAGCAUGUCAAUAGAAGUAUCAGGUGCCCAUUCAUACUGUAAAUACUGUUUGUAAAACUGUUACAAGUGACAGAUGUAUGUAAAUUUUAAAUGUACUGAUAAAUAUUGUCAUAUACAUAAUAAUUUAAAAUUAUAAUUAGAUAUCCCUUGCCUUCCUUAAACGCUUCUCAUUUCUUCUUUUUCCCCUCCUUUUUAACUUUUUCCCUUGCCCCUUUUUUCCCCACGCCUUAAACUGAUGUUUCUCAAAACAUCGCCCUAAACUACCUAUGUCAGAAUCACCUAGAAGUUUUUGAAAAGUGUAUAAUCCCCUAGCCUCAUCCCAGAUUUAUUGAAUGACAAUCCUUGUGGAUGUUAAACAUCCAAUAUUUUUAGCAUUGGUGAUUCUUAAGUAGAUAAAAGUUUGAGAAUCACUGCUGAAAAUUACCCAUUAACACUGAAUUCUGUCCUCAUCCUUUCAAAGUUUCCUUGGCAAAUCAAUUCCCUUCUGCAGUUGUAGCUACUACUUCUGAGUAGAAGAUUCCAAACUUCUCUUAUAUUCUGACCUCUUUCCCACACGUCAUUUCCACAAUUCCAACUGUUUUCAUCAGGAGGUCCAUCAGGUGUUGUAAGAGAGUAGUCUUCACUAUUAAAAUAAGUAGUCUUCACUAUUAAAACCCUCCAAAUGUUUAGUAAAGAAUUAUGAGAGCAACAUCUUUAGGUGGAGAGGAUGGCAGAGUAAUACUAACUGCAAUGUCUGUGAGUUUCACUUUCCAAGUUUUUUUUUUCUUGCCAAAGCUGCAUCCUAGCCACACCAUUUAAAUCUUAGAAACAACAUACUCUAUACUGGUUAAAAGUAUAGGCUUAAGUAUUUGCUUUGCCACUUACUAGCAGUAGAAUUUGGGAGCAAGCUAUUUUAUUUCUCUUAGCCUAAGUUUUCUCAUCUGUAAAGUAGGAACUAAAACAGUAAUACUAAUUAGGGUUUUGAUUGUGGAGAUUAGAUAUGUAAUACGUUUUAAGCAUUUAGUAUAGGACCUAGCAAUUAGUGAUUGAUUAAUCUUAGCUGUUACUUGCAAUAAAAGCAAGUAACCUCCUAUCUUAGUAUAGCUGAGAUAGAUUUUAAUUGUCCUAGCUGUGUGUGGUGGUACACAGCUAUAGUCACAGCUACUUGGGAGGCUGAGGUGGUAGAAUCGCCUGAGCCCAGGAGUUCAAGGCCAGCCUGAGCAAGAUAGUGAGACCCUGUCUCUUAAAAUAAUUUUAUUAAUUUUUAAUUUUCCAAAAGAAAUUUAAUAAAUAAUAAAGGGAUAUGAAGAAAGGUAAUAUGAAAAACAUAAAAACAGUCAAACUUUUAAAGUAUAGGUUUCUAAUCCUAGAGUACUUUACUUAUAUCUAAUAAAACGUAUCUAAGUGCUAGGCCAAAGAAAAUUCCUAAGUAGUCCCUAGGCUAUUUCCCCUUCUGUUAUGUGCUUCCAUCUUUCCUGAGAAGGAGAUCCAGUCAGAUAUCAUAGGGUUAUAAAAAAGAGUUUCAUGGCCUUCAAGGUGUAGAAGGAACAUGCACUUCUCACAUUCCCUUCUGUAGGUCCCUAUCACCACAAAAGUCAGGGUCACCAGGAUCCUCUCUCAUUUCACUGAAGAUUAAAACACAGUUCAUAAACAGAGUCAAGAAACUAGUAUGUCAUUAAUCCCCUCACUGAAGUAAAUAAUUUGAACUCUAUAUGUCUGAAACUGAAAUCAUGAUCUCUUUCCCUCGCACAAACAACCUGCAAAAGAGCUCUGCCAUUAUUCUACUCUGUCAACUUUGAAAUCUCUAAAUCAUUCUUGACCUCUCUCUUGUUACACUUUGUUGUUUACUCUUUAUCUUCAUUGCUGUCACUCAGAUUUGGGCCCUCAUGACCUAAAUUGUUAUCACAGACCCAUAACUAGUUGCUGAACUAUUCUAGAAUGAAUGUUUUACCAAUUUUCUUAAAAUACACCUUAGAUCAGUUCAGUCCCCUGCUCCAAAACCUUUAGCAAGUUUCCCAUUACCUGUCAAAUGAUUGUUCAAUUCUUUAACCAGUAUUUUAUAACUUUUGUUCUCUGAAGUCAGUCUCUUUGGUUCAGUCUUAGCUCUCUCUGUUCUCCUAAAAAUACUCAGGUUGUAGUCAAAUCCCAUAUUUUCUUGUCACAUCACUUUGAUGGACUGUUCUUUCUUACUGAAAACUCUUGCCACCAACUCUUUGCCUACCAAAUCUGUUUUUCCAGGACAACUUAAAUGUCACUCUUUACUGCUUACCUCAACUAACCAUGACCUAUCUUCUGAACCCUCAUAACAGUGUCUGUACCUCUUUGGCACUUAUUGAUUGUUAUUGGUGUAUUACUACUGAACUGUAUUCUCCUUAGGGGCAGGAAAAGUAUCUUUUAAAAAACAUUGUACCUAGACAGUCAUUAGCAGAGCCUUUGAUAUAUAUGUUCAGCAAACUUUUUAUUAAGUUAUUGAGGUUACUACAUUUCUACUGUAAGCAUGAUAAUAUAAAAAUUAUAAUUUAAAACAGUUAUAAAAUUAAUAAUAUUCACUUUGAUCUCUUUCCAAUGCUUUCUAUGAGUUAGAAAUGCUUAUUUGAAAUUAAGUUCCUGUUUAUCAUAAAAAGAUUUUUGUUCACGAUUACCAUGAAAUGAACUUAUCCUAAUUGUGUCGGUAGUUUGCAAAGGCCCAGUUUGUCUUCAUUGCUUUGAGUAAAAUAACUAGCUUUUCUAUUGUAU